GCCAUUGAACGCGCGUUUUGUGUUCUUAUUAAAAUCGCGGAUUUUUCGUUAUUUAGACUAUUAAAUCAUCUGAUGCUUUUUAUCAGAAUCGAUUCCCACAUCCUUCUUUACUCCUUUAAAUAAGGAAGCUCGGCAAAAUGCAGAAACGACGCAAGGGUCUAAAAAAAGAAAGCGAGUCCCGAGAGCAAAAAGUGUUGCCUGUUUACUGCAUUUGCCGGUCCAGUGAUGGUGAUCGCUUCAUGAUGUAAGCGCAAAAUCUACUACAAUAUGUCUUUAGUGCUUGCGAUCGUUGUGAGGAGUGGUACCAUGGUGAUUGCAUUAACGUGACACCUAAACAAGCAGAGCAAAUCAAGACAUUCUUCUGCCAUCAGUGUCGGCGGAAGGACACCUCUCUUGAGAUUGAGUAUAUAUCUUCUCGUACCCAACGGACUAAGUCGCGCCGACCGAUGAGCCCUAGUAGUAGCGGUAGCGCAUAUGCAGAUCAGCCGUCGCCUAAAACGAGCAAACCGAAGCGGUUUUCCACCACCAGUUCAGUUGCUUCUGCCCCAGGUAUGUAAAAGGUUUAAUUAACUUCUGUAUAAGUUGAAGCUCCGAACACUAAGGUCAAACGUACUUGCGCAAGUCCUACGCCUUCGAAUAGCGAGAAAAAACCGCCUCCCCCCGAUCCCAAGGUUUCCCCUGCCAGCAUCAUUGACAGUUACGACGAAUCCUCUGAACAUACCUUCCCAAUGGGCUAUUAUUCUAGAAACGUAUGGUCGCGUGACUGCGAGCAACCCGUGUACGAAAGUGAUUCUCUCAGCCUCGGACGGAUUCAGUCUUCGAAUAAGAACCGAGCUACGUCCCCUCGCAAUCGCUGUUGUGGAUCGUGCUCCGGUUGUUUACGGCUGGAAGAUUGCGGUAAGUGUGAUUACUGCCGUGACCGACGAAAAUUUGGUGGACCUAAUCGCAUGAGGCAAAAGUGCAGACUUCGUCAGUGUACAGGUUCUGUGGCUCCCUCCCGUCAUCGUGGCCCGAUUAAUGCACAUAACUCUGGAUCACGUCGAAGAAAGCAGCAAACCCUACAUGGUGUGCUUUUGGGUGAUGAGUCUCCGCGCAUGCGCCAAUACAUCGAUCAUGAUGAGGAGCCCUUUGAAAUGCCCACCGAUUUCUUACCACGUCCUUACUCAGAUCAUGGAACUCCAUUUUUGUGCAAUCAACACGCAACCUCUGAAGAUGCAACAAUUGGCAGCAAGGUGAGGAGAUUAGAGCGCCGCCUGUCUGCUGUCCACGAACUGGAUCCCCUCUCUCGACCCUACCAUCGCCAGUCACUUGAUGCCGCGGGUGACGCGAUGGACCUUCUGGAAGAUGACUCGGACGACGAUGUCAUUAUUUCUAGCCUGCCACAUUGUGCCGGCCCAACGUGUAUGUUAGCACCGAUUCCUGGCGAACGCUAUUGCUCCGAAGCAUGUCGUCUCAAGCACGCAAACUCUCGGAGCGGCGGGUAUCGCGCCGCUCCCCGACUACUGGGCUCACAGUCACAUGAAGUUGCAAUACCGUACACUCUUCCUUAUCCGGAUCACAUGUACUGUCGUCAUCACCGCGUUUACAACUGGCACAGUAACGGUUCUAUUGCUCCCAACACCACUUUCCGCGCCGUCGGACAGCCAUUCGACACACACUACUCCGUUUCGGACGCUCAUCUUCACGAAUCACUUCAGCCAUCACGAAGUCGCCCCUUUACUUAUUCGACGCCUGGACAAGUUCAUCAUCUUAAUCAUCGUAUGCAGACUCACCGUCCCCACUCUGCUGUUUUGAGCAUCAACAGCCGGUUGGGACUCGAAACACCUGAUCGUGCACUCAUCUGUGAUCCGAAUGAUACGGCUGCUUUUAUCGACUCGAUGGAUUCGGUCAUGCGAAGAAGCGUCGUGGAUGAGCUAGACAUAGAUUUGCCGCAACACGCACAAGUUUCGUCAACUCACAUGUCCCCUUCGUCAGGCCUGAACGAUAUUAACCUCUACUAUACCACCGGUCGGGGAGGGUUAGAUGUAAUGAGGCCGUCGGUCGAUUUGCACCACGUCGCUGAUGUUGACGACUCUCUCCAAUCGGAGGGAGAUGACGAUGGUAUGAAUGGUGAUGCUGCCGAAUCCCACCCUCGUAAUCAGUAUUAUUACAUGAUGACUUAUCACAACAACGCCAAUUGUCACGGCUCACGAGUUCCCUUAGAUUCCUCAUCCGCACCAAACGAUCGACGGAUAGAUACCAGCUUUUCUCGCAGCCGAGGUUCCAAUCGAUUGCUGCUUCCUGAUGGCAUCGACGAUCCAAGUGGACUUAGUUCAUCAGUUUCUUCUGUACGUGCUCUGGGUGUACCGUCAACAAUGAUUCGACCUGGUAGCUUGAGUGCGUCUAAUUCUUCAAUGGCCGUCAAUAGCUGCAUGGACUCGAACUCUUCUGUUGUUGCAGUGGCCACCGCUUCCUCCCGUGUUGCACAACUGCCACCUCAAAGCAUUUCAUCCUAUCUUCCCGGGCCUGAUGAAUUCUACACCAUCAAUGACUCAGACGACCUUGAAAUUAAUUGGCCACAGGAAACAGUUGCUGGCCUACAUGGCUGAGUCAGCUAACCUGUUUCAUACGCUCUCUUACCCGGACCACCCUUCAUUCUUCCUACUCUGGGCGUGUGCUUCGUUUACACCCCGACGUACGGGUUAAAUUUUUAGCCUCCAUACAAACAGCCAUCGGCUUCACUUCAGGCUCUUUGCUUACGUUGUGACUGUGAUCUGGCGUUGUCCGAUUUGUUCAGAUUUUCUCACUGGAUACUUACACAUACUUCUCCUUUACAUCGUGCCUAGUGUUAACUUUGUUACCGUAGUCAGAGCAAUCAAGUUUUCCCUUCCACAGUUCAAAUUACGCAACGCUCGUCGCGAUUUUUGUACAUAUCUCCCUCUAUGAACGACCCAUUCUUUACGGUGUUUAUCAACACGUACGCCCAUUUCACCCGGUACAGACUUGUACAAAGCGUGUUCACAUUCAUUUGUUUCUUCUGGGGGAAAUUGUUGUACUCAAGUCUACUUUUGUGUUGACAUUGUAUCCUUGCCUGCUUUUGAGCCUUGCUUUGUAUCUUUACACACCGCCCACAUGAUUCAGUAGUGUAAAUAAUAUAUGUAUUUACUACGCCAUUUUACUAACAUCACAUUUGAAAUUGUUUCUUG